GCGGUUUAUUUAGAAAUUGCACCGGGGUUGUGUAUAACGCGCUCUCGAGCAGCCGUGCGUGACAGGCACGCGCUCCCUACAUACUGAAGUAGUCCGUGAGCUACUGUAUGUACCGGAUAUACUGCAGGCAGGGGUGAGCGCUGUAUACAACAACAUAUAGUGGAGAGGCAGCACGUAGGUAAUGAGCACUGUAUACUGUGAGUGCCAGGGCAGGCAGUAGGAGGUGCAGCUGUCAGGAUGUCUCAGGUGCAGGAGCUGCUCACUCGUAAUCUGAAGGUUUUACUACGAAGCAGAGACACCGAGGAGAGGACACUGAUUCUCCGGAUCUGUAUCGAGCUGCAUUUAGUGACAAGUCCUGUCCAUAAAAAGGAGCUGGUUGUGCGUGUGACGGAUGACACAGACCCUCUGUUUUUAUACCACCUUGUCAUUUCUGAGGAUGAUUUCCAGAGCCUGAAGACACAACAAGGUCUGCUGGUAGAUUUUUCGGCGUUCCCUCAGAAGUUUAUUGAUCUGAUCCAUCACUGCGCUGAGGAAGAGAUUAAAGCUGCGCCACGAUUCCUCCUGCAGCUCUCUUCCUCGGCCAGUGUGAUUGGUGGUUCAGCGGCCCAACUGGAUGUAGUAGAGACCAAUCCAUUCAAGCACUUGACGCACCUCUCCUUAAGACUGUUGCCAGCAAGUGACUUGGAAAUAAAAAGCUUUCUGUCCUCAACCCUGAGAUGCAUUAAGGAUGAAAAAAAACUGCUGCAGGAGACCCUGAAAAAAACUGAGGAAGAUCUAAGGCGGCAGCUGGGCUGUGUCCAACAGAGUCUGUCUGAGAAGAGUCGGGAGUUAGAGACAUUAAGAAGUGAGUGGUCGCACCAGCUCACUGCCGCAAAUAGUCAGCACUCUGCUGAAUUAACAAGUGAGAGAGAGAAAGCCCAGCAGACACAAACUCAGCUACUGCAUCAGUACGAGCAGCAGAUGAAGAAUUCAGAAACUUCCCAUCAGCAGAGUACACAGCACAUGCAAAGCCGGCUUACUGAGCUGGAACACACUAACAAGGAAAUGCUAGAGAGAAGAUACAAAGCUGAGGCAACUAUCCGAGAGCUACGAACCAAGUACCAAGGACUGGAGGAGGAGGCUCAGCGGGCCCAGCAAGAGGUGAUAUCUCUGAGGAGGGAGAACUCUGCUCUGGAUGCUGAAUGUCAUGAGAAGGAGAAGGAUGUGAACCGACUGCAAAUGCGGCUGGCAGUUCAGGAGCAGGAGCUGAAGGACAAGGAGCAGUUGGUGCUAAGGAGUAAUGAGGCUCUCAAGGCCACCCAGGCACAAAAGGAGCUUUUAGAAGUCAGUGCUGAGAAGAAGCAGGAGCUCAUUGGGAAGCUGGAGGCAACAAUAAAAUCUCUCUCUGCAGAGCUACUCAAGGCUAACGAGAUCAUUAAGAAGCUACAGUUAGACGUGAAAAGCCUGAUGGGAAAAGUGAAGCUGAAGAACGCAGUGACUGUACAGCAGGAAAAGUUACUGUCUGCCAAGGAGAGAAAAAUAGAGGAGGAGCAACGGCUGCUGCAGGAUGCCAGACACCAGCUGCAGCUCAAGGAUAAGGAGGUCGGCGAGCUGCAGGACCAGUUACAACAAACGGAGAGGAAACUAGAGGAGACCAAAGAGCUGCUGCAAACCAAUGAGAACGUUAUCUCGUGGCUAAAUAAACAGCUCAAUGACAACGAGUCAGGAAAGCUGAUUCCCAGCAGUGCUCACACCAGGACCUCGGCCUUACCCAGCCCGUUGACAGAGAAAAGGUUUCCGUUUCUGGCUUCUCAGAUGAACUAUCCCCUUCUCUCCUCAUAUCCAGCAAAGCCCUUCAUACCCUCCACUUUCCCUCAGCAGCCCCUACAGGAGGAGACGUGCCCAGGGCCAAGGGUCCAAUACAACAAUAUGCUCUUGCAAACCAAUUGUCAGAGCUCAGCAGCACCACAAGGUAACGCAAGCUCCAAGGUCGGCGCAAAUAAAGAGAAGUAA